AUGGAUGACUAUCCAAUAUUUGAUGAUGUUGUUUCAAGAACAUAUGGAGAGACGAAUGGAAAUAUUACGGUAGUUUUGAAAGGAACUCCGAAAAUUGAUGAUAUUUAUGAUAAGGUAAGCCUGAGAAAAUACUUUUCUGAAUUUUAUUUUUUUUUCUAGAAAAGCUUUUGGAUUUGGUCAUGGAUAAAUCAUAAUUGCACAAGGUCAGGAAGCACACUUCACACAUGCGUGGAUUUAGGAAAAGUGAAUCCGAAAAUAGUUGGAGUGAACUAUGUUCAUACUGUAAAUCUUCAUGAUGAAACUAGGAAUACUUGUACUGAUAAUUAUCGAAAUCAAAAUCAAUAA